CCACACCUCAGCAGUCAUGAUUGACAUCAUGGAGAAUAACAGCGUCAUCGCAGCAAUGCUUGACUUGAAACUACGUGAUGAGAAUGGAAGUCUUAAGUCUGUGCUCAAUUUACCAGUUGACGUACUGAAACAGUAUUGCCACUUGGAUCAAGUUGCAGAUUUCGCCAAUCUUACUUUGUUUAUAUACAGCUCAAAUGAAACGGAUAAUUACGCUGAGAUGAGUUUGUCUGAAGAAAAAUCAUUUAGUGGAACGCCUAUCCCAUACACAGUGAAGCUAUUGUUGUCGUUUUUAUUUCUUCUUGUUGGAUGUAUUGGUUUAGUAGGGAAUGUGCUUACAGUUCUAGUGAUUUACAAGACAACCUCUCUGCACUCGCACACCAACUACUUCCUCGCUUCACUUGCCAUCUCAGACUUGUGUCUGAUCAUUGUAGGUGUGCCAUUCGAUCUUUGCCAUCUCUGGCGAAAGGAUCGACCACCAGCCAUUGCAGGAUACUGCGCUAUCAUGAGCACUUCCAUAUCCUUAUUUACAUUCGCUUCAAUUUUGACAAUCGUAUCCUUGACGGCGGAACGUUUUGUGGCUAUAUGCUAUCCAUUCAGUCACCGUGCGCUUUUCGAUAAAAGAAGAGUAAUUUAUCUAAUCUAUCUAAUCUGGCUACUUGCUUUCUUCCCAUCGCUAUAUAUCGGACUACAAUUCAAAAGAGUUGUGCCCGAUUUUUGUGGCUACAACCGAGAACUGGAUACUCAACGAGGAAGCUGCGAUUAUGUGACGAGCCAGAACGUGCCAUUUCGAUAUCCAUUCGAAUUGACAAUGGUCGUUACUUUCGUAUUACCGUUGAUAUUUAUCGUCUAUUGCUACAUACGAAUUCUUGCCACUCUAAACGAAAUGGCAACGGCCACACGUGUUCAUGUCCCCAUCGGGAAUACAAAUAGUUCAGACUCUGGUCAACCAAGUAUACUGUAUGUUCACACAAAGAACUAUGCUCCACCGAAGAGUCAACAAGCGCAAAGAAUGGUCAUAAAAAUGCUAUAUACGAAUUUUACUAUUACACUGUGUUUUACAGCCACAGUGACAGCCGUUUUUUUCGUAUGCUAUCUACCGUACCAUAUAGAGCGGUUGAUAGUACAGUAUACGAAACAACAAUGUGAAAGUUCUAUGUUUUGUUUGUUACUUUAUCCAGUUACUGGUCUUCUGCAGUAUAUCUCAGCCACUCUCAACCCAAUUUUCUAUAAUCUUAUGUCAACAAGAUUUCGAACCGCGUUUACGCACCUUCUGCACCAGAUACUUCCAAAACGUGAACAAACCUACGGUUCAAUAGCCCGAAUGUAAGA